AUGCCGAGACGCGAUUCCCGCUCAGUAUCACCUCGGGACAGAGACCGAGCUCGGGAACGGGACCGUCACCGCGAUAGGCGAGACCGCAAGCGUUCACACCACGACCCAGACGAGGACGUCAGGCGGGAGUCUCGUCGAACCAGAAGCCGAACGCCUGAUAGUGACCAUGAUCGCUCAAAGAGAAGCAGGGACAGGAGUCAUUCUGGAGAAAGGGACAAGAAGAAGUACGUCUUCACCGUGCGCAAGCGCGACAAGUCCGCGGAUAGAAAGGCACGUAAAGCAGAGAAGAAGCGUGCGAGAGAGGAGGAAGAGGCACGGCAGGUCGCCGAGCUGAGUGUGUACAGCGCCACGGACAACCCGUUCCACGAUGUCAACCUCGGACAGCAGUUCCGUUGGCACAAGAAGAACGAGAAAGAGCGGAAACAGGGUCUCACACUCGAAGAAGCGCAGAGGCGAGAUGCACUUCGGCGACAAGAGGCGAAGGAGGAGCUGGAGAGGUUGAAUCGCAGGCGAGCGGAGCGCGAGGCGGACCAACGUCUGCGGGAGGAGGAAGAGGUGAAGAUGCAUAGGUUAGCGGAGUCAGCGCAGAUGGCAGACUGGCUAUCCAAGGAGGAGGAUUUCCAGCUUGAGCAAGAGCGUAGGAGGGCUGCGAUCCGCAUCAAAGAGAAGCGCGCGAAGGCCAUCGACUUCCUUGCGCUCAACCUUCGUUAUGUCAACCCUCCACAGGACGAGGAGGAAGAAGAAGAAGACGAUGGCUUGGAGAUUGACUUGGAUGAGCCGUACAACAUCUUCGACAGCCUCACACCGGAGCAGGUUGAAGAGUUGCAUGAGGACAUCGAGAAAUACCUCAGGCUCGAGCAGUCCGACAUCAACAUCGAAUUUUGGACGAAUAUGAUGGUUGUCUGCAAAGACCAGCUAGAUCACAUCAAGGCGAACAAACACCUUGGCGCAGAAGCUGCAGCCGCAGUCGAAGCGGACAUCACUGCGCUGCUCAAGGGCAAGUCUUAUGACCACCUCGUGGCUCUGCAGAAACACGUGCAAACGAAACUCACGAGCGGAGAACCCAUCGAUACGGACUACUGGGAAGGCCUGUUGAAGAAGCUACUGGUCUGGAAGGCCAAGGCUAAGUUGAAGGCUCUGCACGAGGUCGUGGUCCGCAAUAGGCUCGAGCAACUCCGCAAGCGGCAACGGGACGAGGCAUUGCAAGCCCAAGAAGAGCUACUUGCCGGUGUCGCGAAAUCUGCUUCGAGGGGCGAUGCUCGCAAUGUGGUUGCUGUCAUGAAUGCGCAGCAAGAGGCCGAAGCCGCCGAAGAGGUCGAGCCGUACGACAGGUCUAUGAGUCCUCCGCCCGUCGAUAUCCGCAAGUUGUCCUACGAGGAGCGUCAGAUCGACAUUGUGACCGCAAAAGAAGGCUUGCGUGCUUUGAUGGAACAAAGACGCUCGGUCGCUGGCUCGAGAUUCGUACCGAAGACUGCUCAGGCUCCUGUGGAAGUAGAGAUUGUCGAGCCAGCAAGUGGAGCCGAUCUUGCUUCCGAGGCACUGUAUCGCGCUGAGGCUGAAAAAGAGUUGGACGAGGAAGAGGAGCUCUUUAACGUUGAGGAAAACAUUGCCCAUCCGACGUCCUACAACUGGGAAGACAAGUACAGGCCUCGGAAGCCUCGUUACUUCAAUCGCGUGCACACUGGAUACGAGUGGAAUAAGUACAACCAGACGCACUACGAUACGGACAACCCCCCACCGAAGGUUGUGCAGGGAUACAAAUUUAACAUCUUCUACCCUGAUCUCAUUGACAAGUCGAAAGCGCCGACGUAUAAGAUUGUCAAAGAGCCGGGUAACGAUGAGACUGUGCUCUUGCACUUCACUGCCGGCCCGCCGUAUGAAGACAUCGCGUUCCGGAUAGUCAAUCGCGAAUGGGAGUUCUCACAUAAACGUGGGUUCCGUAGUAGCUUUGACAGAGGAUGUCUGUCACUUUGGUUCAACUUCCGGCGCAACUUUUAUCGCAAGUAA